GCGACCCAGCAGAGCCCGGAUCCCCCGAGUGAGAUAUCUCAACACUUGCGACGAAAAUACAUUUUCAAAGAGAGCACGUCUGCAUCAGCCAUGAUCUUAGUCCACACGUUUUAACUUUUUUUUUUUUUUUUUUUUUUUAACAUCUCUUUUAGGGAUUUUUUUCCUUUUUUGGAUGCGAUUUGAAGUAGUAAUAACCUCUUUUUGACUUUAUUUCUCCUUCUUGUUGUUUGUUUGCGGUGAAACAGCGACAGAGGAUCCUGAGCAACAGCUGUGGAAUAUACAAACUCCGCUAUAUGGAUAAACUCCCAUCUGCAGCAGUUUGAUCUCACACGUUUCUCUCUGCGCGAAGAAGAAAAUGAAAUCUGCCGAAGAGGAUGCAUAUGGCUACACGCCAAACGUCAGUCUCUCCCUCCCACUGGGCAACCCUUGCCUUCCCUCCCAGUACCACAGCCUCCAGUCCAGCCCCACUAUAUCUGUCUCCGUCACCGAGCCUCACAGUUAUGACACCCAGGAUGAUAUGAGAGCGGCCGGGUACUAUUCAUCUUCAGGUGUCCGCCCAAAUGGGGCCCCGACACUGGAGAGCCCUCGUAUCGAGAUCACAGCCUACGGUCAGUUUCCUGAGGACGAGGUGGAGGAGAGCAACCUUCCUGUUGCUAAGCAAGUCAACUCCAUCGUGAUGCUGACCCUCCCCAGUGCAGAAGGUUACCGUGACCCCAGCUGCCUGAGCCCGGCCAGCAGCAUCUCAUCUCGUAGCUGCCACUCCGACGCCUCAUCCUACGAAUCAAGUUUUUCCUACAACUACGACAACUCCCCCCAGAACUCCCCCUGGCAGUCGCCCUCUGUGUCGCCCAAAGGCUCCACCCUCGCCCUGCCAGGCGAUGGCUGCACCUCUGGUGGCUCCCCUCGUCACUCCCCCUCCACCUCCCCUCGCACAAGUGUGACAGAUGACACCUGGGUGGGUCAGCGCAGCUCCAGGCCCAACUCGCCUUGUGGUGCAAAAAGGAAGUACAGCUUUAACGGCAGUGGGGUGUCACAAAAGCACUACCCGUACUCACCCAACCACUCUCCUGCAGUGUCCCCGCAGACCUCCCCUCGCCUCAGUAUCACAGAGGAGACCUGGUUGCCAAACACCAACCAGUACACCAACUCAGCCAUCCUGGCAGCCAUCAAUGCGUUGACCACAGAUGGAGUGGCCGACCUCGGGGAGGGAAUCCCUAUUAAAGCCCGGAAAACCAGCCUGGAUCACAGCCCCACAGUCAGUCUGAAGUUGGAGCCCGGAGGUGAGGAGCCGAGUCCAGGGGAGCUCUGUCAGGACGAACACUCCACUAACCGCCUGCCUUUAAAGAAGGAGGGCUACUGUGGCGGCUAUCUGGAUGUGCCACAGCACCCGUACUCCUGGUCCAAGCCAAAACAAUAUGUCAGCCCAUCUCUGCCAGCUCUUGACUGGCAGCUGCCGUCCAGCUCAGGGCCAUACAGCCUGCAGAUCGACGUGCAGCCCAAGUCGCACCACCGAGCCCACUAUGAGACGGAGGGCAGCAGGGGGGCUGUGAAGGCCCUGGCAGGAGGACACCCAGUCGUUCAGCUCCACGGCUACAUGGACAGCGAGCCACUGACCCUGCAGCUGUUCAUAGGCACAGCUGACGACAGGCUGCUGAGGCCCCACGCCUUCUACCAGGUCCACCGCAUCACCGGGAAGACAGUGUCCACCCCGAGCCACGAGGCCAUGCACAACAACACCAAGAUCCUGGAGAUCCCACUGCUGCCAGAGAACAACAUGCGGGCCAUAAUCGACUGCGCAGGGAUCUUGAAGCUGCGUAAUUCAGAUAUUGAGCUGAGAAAGGGGGAGACUGACAUCGGACGCAAGAACACACGUGUGCGGAUGGUUUUCAGAGUUCACAUCAAUCAGGCCACAGGGAGGACGGUGUCCUUGCAGGUGUCAUCCAACCCCAUUGAGUGCUCCCAGAGAUCGGCCCAGGAGCUGCCGCUGGUGGAUAAGAGGAGCUUGGAGACGUGUCCUGCCCCCGGGGGGGAGAGGAUGCUCAUCGACGGACACAACUUCCAGCACGACUCCAAGGUGGUGUUCGUGGAAAAGGCUCAAGACGGUCAUCACCUCUGGGAGACGGAGGCCAAGGUCGACAGAGACGCCUCAAAGCCUAAUUCACUACUUGUUGAGAUCCCUCCCUACCGAAACCAAAGACUCUCCACUCCGGUCCACGUGAACUUCUACGUCUGCAACGGCAAGAGGAAACGAAGCCAGUACCAGCGCUUCACCUACGUCCCCUCCAGCGCCCCGACAAUAAAGACGGAGCCACACGACGACUACGACGCCCCUCUGGUGUGCAGCCAGCACGGCCCAGGCCUGUCAGUGCACCCAAAGCCAUACUUCCCCCCACAGGUCAUGACCCCGGUGAUGACCUCGGACCUCAGGCCAUGCGUGGUGGGUGGGGCUUACUCUGUCAGCCAGCAAAGAUUGGCAGCUAAGCCCUCCUCGCUCCCGUCUCCGAGCACCAGCCCCAAACUGCACGACCUGUCGCCACCGCCACCCUUCUCUAAGUGCCUCUCCGCCGGCCCAGUAGUCCAACACCCGGGCCAACAAUCCCCAAUCCCGCACGUCUCCAUCAUCCAGGAGACUCCCGGGCGCUUCCAGCCUCCCAGCUUGUACCCACCAAGCAGCUCCGCAUCCUCCUCCCCGACCUCGCAGCCCUCUACCCCGACUGACGGCCCGUUCUCUCCGGCCCUCUGUAUCACACCAGCCCAGCCCAUCAGCGGCAGCACCAGCCCCGGAGCUCAACAGCACGCCAAGGUGCCAGAGAGGGGGCGGGGCUCCCUUCAAGAGGAUGGCAGCCCUCCGACAUUGGCGGUCAGCAUCAAACAAGAACCGCAGGAGCUGGAUCAGAUGUACCUUGAUGAUGAUGCGCAGAAGGUCAAAGCCAGAUCAAAUAGAGGAGACGAGGUCAGUCAGUUCAGUCUGGGCCGGGAAGAGCACACAUGGCAGCGGAACGACACGCUGUAGGGUGGAGAUGAGUCAAUGAGAUCAUCAGGAACGACCUGUCGAGCAUCUCCGUCCACAGCCAUGCGUAGUUUCCCGUCACCAACAAAACUGACACGGGAAACAAAAAUAAAGGGAAACACCAAACAAACAAAAAAAAAAAAAAAUGACAUUGUGCUUUUCAUGCUUGGACUACAGCGUGCAGGAAGCAGCAAAAGGAAAUGCAAAGAGAACAAAUGUAAAUGUUUUGUCCAGAUGACCAGGGUCCAACGUGUGCCUUGUUUUUCAUAUAUAUAAAACGCCUUUACACAGAAAUUAAACAUGACUGACUUUUUUUUUAAGACGUGUAGACUGAGUAUGUAGCAACCGAAACUGCCACCCCACAACAAAGUAUGCUUUUAGAGGACCAAAACAUGUUUUAUAUGUCUUUUUUGCUGCAGUUUGUAAAUGAUUCAGUGCCUAUGAGUUAUGUUAUCUGUAUAUACAGUAUCUGGUAGUGCUUCAGUUUGCAUAUCUGGAUUUACAGAGAGACAGUGUAACAGAGAAGUGCCUUUUUGACUGGAAACUGAAAAAUAUGGCCUGACUUUGGCCUCACAUGUUCAACUUUAUCAGAUUUAGGAUUUUAUAGAGUGAGAUAAUGUAACAUUUGCUGAUAGUGGCUACAGAUGGUCGUUAUUGGGUAAUUUUCAAUGCUAAAAUACAGCGUAACGGUAGCAUGAAUAGAGAUUUGUCAUUUUCCACCAUUUCUCAUUCUCAUGAGUUCAACUUUUCAUUUUUUUAAAAGGAGGAAUGUGUUUUUCUUCUCUCAAAAGUUGCAAAGUCUCAAUUUAAAUCAUAAUUGGUUAGCAUUUGUUUGGACAAAUAAAAAGACUGAAUACUUUUUCUGUAUUCACUAACAACAAUAAGCACUUAACCACUAAAACUGUGGUAUUACUUGUAGUUUAUUACAUUAAAGGGAAAAUUCACCCAAAAAUAUGCUUUUUUUCUCUUACCUGCAGUACUAUUUAUCAGUCUACAUUGUUUUGAUGGGAGUUGUCGAGUGUUGGAGGUAUCAGCAGUAGAGUCUGCCUUCUCUCCAAUAUAAUGGAACUAAACUGCGUUCAGUUUGUGGUGCUCAAAGUGCCAAAAAAUUACAUUUUAAAAACUUAACAGUCAUGUCUCUCUCCAGAAAUCAUGACUAAAUAACUCAAGAUAAUCCAAACUGUUAGCUACAGUCAUUUCUAUCAAAGAAGAAAUCAUCUCAGUUUUGACAAAGCUUGACUUUUCCCUGGAAGCUACUUUAUGCAACACGCCGGUCGUCUCUGACAGAAUGUAACUAAUCCAAAGAAUACUUAACAGCAGUCAGCAGCAAUACAAAUAUAUAAAAUCUUCGUUUGUUUUUCUAUUUUCAUAUUUAUUCUCUUAGCAUGUGCUCUGUUUAUUCUUGUUCAUCAUACAGCCUCUUUUACAUGGUAACUUACAUACUGUGGUUUAUCUAUUCAUUUGUUUGCGCUCUUACAGUAAAAAUGAAUGGGCUCACACUUUGUUCCCAUGUUUUUAUAUGUAUUUAUGAGUCUUAAUCUUUUGUAAUGGAAGCCAUACCGAAAUGUUUACCAAUUGGAGGUUAUUGUUAGUCUACAACUCAUAAUUCUGCUUUGUGAUCUAUUUUGUGUAUUUGUCAAUAAAAGAAAAAAAACCUUCAUC